AACAAUAAAACAAGUUUAUUAAACACAAAGAGAGAUUUUAAGUGAGUACAAGUAAUGCAGCAUAAAAGUUAGCAAUGGUUAAAAAAUAAAAAUAAAACACUUACUAGUGCCUAACAAACAAUAUUAGAUUCAAGCAAAAUUUCUCACUACAUGCUUCCAGCAAAAUUACUGACCAAACUGUUCAGAUCAGGAAUCCAAUGGCUAUUUUCUUUUGUCUUCCCAGGUGCAAAGAACAUGACAGGCAGGGGGAGAGAGAUGGGGUUCCUUGCAGUGUUUGCCCUUCCUUUUUACAGUUUCAGUACCUCUUUUGAAAAUCAUUUUCAGCUGAGAACAAGUAGACAAAGCGUCAAUGUAGAAGGAUAUUCCCUUCUGGCUUCUUUCACUUUUUUGAGCUUUCUUUGUUUUCCAUUCUCGCUUGAUGACUCUGUUUACUGCUUAAAUGCAAAUUAAGGCAAGAACAAAUUUCUUUGUUUAGGAAAGACCUGUUUGCUGACUUCUGCAUCGGCAGGGAUGUGGGGCUUGGAAAGUAUUAAUAACAUCAUACAGGGAAAUCUUAUAACUUCAUCCACAUAGCCACACGUUUUAUCAGGACAGUACUGACCAGCAAAUUAUGAGUUUUCAAAUGACACCCUACAAGGCAUACCUUGUACAACAAUUAUUACAAUAAUGUGUAGGGGACGAAUAUAGGGGUGUAUUCUGUCACAAUGUCAAACAGCUUGUAUGUGUUCUCUUGGAUCACCGUUGUCUCAACAUCAAGGUAUCUGUUAUCCUCAAGAGCAGCUCCUGUAAAACCAUAAAUUCGGACAGCUCGUGUCAGGGCAUUAGUGACAGCCUCAUCCGGGGACAUGGAGGAUUCUUUAGGUGGGAAGGGAAAUUGGCGUGUCCCUUGAGCCAACUCUGAUUUCUCACUGGGACACUACUCAAGCUCCAGUGACGAUGCUCUGCCUGUCAACGAUGACAGCAAUUGAGCUCUCCUCUUCUGUUUUUGUUUAUUUGUUUGUUCUGAAACACAGACCACAAUUCUGGGAACCAGGAAUAUACGGUUCCAUGCCCAGCUAUUGAUGGCUUGCUGUAUGGUCUUUGACAAGUCACAAACACCAGACUAAUAAAAACACAUUAAUCAUUACAUUUGAUUACAAAGAAGAGUAAAUCACAAAGGGCCUGAUUCUGCUCCCAUUGAAAUUAAAGGCAAAACUGUCACUCAUGUCAGUGCAAGCAGGAUCAAGACUCAAAAUAUAUUUUGAUUGUCUUAAUUAACAGUAAAAUAGGAAGCCACUAUCUUCACAAUUUCGUUUUCCAAAUCUAUCCAGACAGAUGGAUAGAAAAUAAACAUUUAAAAUUAAACAGUAGGUUAAAAAAUGUUACAUUAAUUCAAUUCUUUUUGAAAUUACAGAACUCACACCAGCUUUGAAACUUCGAUUUCCAAUGUUUUUGAAUGGGAAAACCAGUUAUUUCAGUUCCUUAUUACUCUACACCAAAAGGGUACAUGAACCAUUGAACUGUGAAGAAUCAUUAAAAUGAUAGCCCUUACUACAUAUGAAUGGACAUACUGAGUCAGACUAAUGGUCCAUCUAGCCCAGUAUCCUGUCUUCCAACUGUGGCCAAUACCAGACCCUUCAGAGGGAAUGAACAGAACAGGUAAUCAUCAAGUGAUCAAUUCCGUUGCCCAUUCCCAGCUUCUAGCAAACAGAGGCUAGGGACACUUCAGAGCACAGUUUUGCAUCCCUGCCCAUCCUGUCUAAUAGCCAUUGUUGGACCUAUCCUCCAUAAACUUAUCUUGUUCUUUUGUGAACCCUGUUAUAGUCUUGGCCUUCACAACAUCCUCUGGCAAAGAGUUCCACGGGUUGAGAGUGCAUUGUGUGAAAAAAUACUUCCUUUUAUUUUAAAGCUGCUGCCUAUUCAUUUCACCACACCAGUCAUGAUUUUAUAGACCUCUAUCAUAUCCCCCCUUGGUCAUCUCUUUUCCAAGCUGAAAAGUCCCAGUCUUAUUAAUUUCUCCUCAUAUGGAAGCUGUUCUAUAUUCCUAAUGAUUUUUGUUGCCUGUUUCUGUACCUUUUCCAAUUCCAAUACAUCUUUAUUGAGAUGGGGCGACCAGAUCUGCAUGCAGUAUUCAAGAUGUGGGAAAACCAUGGAUUUAUACAGAGGCAAUAUGAUAUUUUCUGUCUUAUUAUCUAUCGCUUUCCUAAUGAUUCUCAACAUUCAUUAGUUUUUUUGACUGCUGCUUCACAUAACUGAAAGAAACUACCGUAUGACACAUAUAUAAUGCAAAAACUCAGUAAUGGAGAAACUCAGGCAGUGACAGGUGUUAAAAUUCUACAAACUUUUCUAUAGAUAUAUAAGCUGUGAUCUUAUAAACACUGUUGCACGUGCUUCAAUUUAAGCACGAUUAGUCCUACUGAAGUUAAUAUAACUACUCAUAUGCUUAAAGUAAAGUAAGUGCAUAAAUAUUUGUAGGAUUGGAGCCAUAAAUCAGCGUCUGAAUUGUAAGUGUGUGUAGGAACAUAACAAAUAGAUGGAGAUGAUAUCCAUUUAAGGAACUGCAGAGCCAAGUGAUAAAUAUGUAAUCAAUGGUAUAUGAGCAACUGUCUGGAGGACAUAUAUUUGCCCAAAAAUCUGAGUUAUUUGAACAACCUCUAAAAAGAUAAUUUUUCACUAUUUUUUCAGCAAUAUGAUCCAUGCAUCAUGCGUUAUCUACAGGAAUAUUUUGUACUUACAUAGCACUUAAGGUUCACAAAACCCACGUAAAGUAGAUACAUUUGAUUAUUUCCAUGUUACAGAUGGGGAAAAUGCAGGCACAAAAAGAUGGAAUGAGUGACUCAUAGACACACACCAAGUUAGUGGUUAAGCCAUGGGUAGAACCUACAAGUUUUGACUCUCAUUCCUACACUACCACUACUCACAUUUGCUCCACUGAAACUGAUUAGAACAAGGCCUAUAAUAGUGACAAAGGUUUAAGCAAUCUGAACCAGAUGGACUUUUUAUUUUUUGAUAUACCAAAGACUACCCCUGACACCAAGAGGUGACUGCAUAAAAUAUAUUGUAUCUUACCUUUUUGUCCUAAAGACACCAGGUCACAUGGUGUCAAGAUGAGAUGUAAACUCUUAGGAAACCUUGCAUCUGUCGGAUUAUUUUCCAAGCAAAGCAAAGCCCUACAGUCACAACUUGAUGGCAUUGCUCUGACUAUGGACAAAAUUCUGUAGUACAUACUAUAUCAAUCCUACAAAGUGGGAUGGGGAUACACUAGAUGACACUGAGGACUUGCCUACAAUGAACAUUUAGUUCGAAGAAAGUUGGGGUGUGAAUCUGCCCCACACUAGCUUUCUGCAGACCGUGUGGAUCCUGUUGAUGUGCAUUAAUAAUUUGUUAAUUUGCUUUAAUCUAGUUUUUUUUUAAAUGUGACUAGAUCAAAGAAAACUAACAAAUUGUUAAUGUGCAUCAGUAGGGUCUACACAGUCUGCAGCAAGCUAGUGUGGGGUAGAUUCAAACCCAGCCUGCUGCAAAGUAAUAGUUCAUGCAGACAAGCCACCAGUCUUUUCUAUUCUACCUCUGACUAUAAAAUUGAUUGUAAGAUUAUAUCCAUCCUGCUGCCUACAGACCACGUAUCCCACACUUCUGAGUGGAGGAUACCUAGUACUCACCACUGUGUUGCCAGUUGCCCCAAACAAUGGGUGGAUAUGGGAAUAAUAAUAGCUUUAAAUUCAAUCUCCCAAAUAGAUUGGAAAUAAUUUACACUUUAAUCCCUGAAUGCAAAAGAAUAGAGUGAGGGGGCAAUGAGUGGAUAAUCCCAAGAGCCAGGAUGUAGUAGAUAUAUUAAAGCACACAACCACCUGUUUUGGACAUGAUGGGUUAUAGUUUAUGCGUGAUUUCUUAAUUUAUAACCACAUGGAUUUUCUCUUGUGAAUUGCCAUUUCAUUCAUAAAUUUACACAAAUGUUUGUUCGGUAUUUACAGAACAGGUUAAGAGAGAUACCACAUCUUAAUUCCACUCAAUUUUUAUAUUAUUAUAAUUAUACCAAUUUACUUUUUUGAUGGUUGGAGCAGUUGAGAUAUGAUGACACCGAUUUGUAAACCUAUAUGCCAGAAACAUAGCACAUUAGUUAAAUUCCACCACCAAGAAUGUUCAAGACCCAUUAUGCAAGUGGUAUUGUAAGCCACUCUCCUGAAAUGCAACUGAGCAGGAUAGAUUGUUGCAAGGGAUCUCUUAAGCAUUGGUGGAAUGAAGCUACUGGUGGAACUAAUAGUGAAUGUUGACUAAUCUUUUCUGUUACUUAAAUAUCCUUGGAAUUUUGCUGAUGUUUGUCAUUUACUGUGAUUUUUGUGGAGGGAAUCCAUUUUCCAAAACAGCCCAUAUUUCCCUUAUGAAAAUGUAGUAUAAUUUUAAUAAACCUGCUAUACUUGCAUUAUGCUAUGUGUUAAUAGGAGUAAUCUAUUCUAUUUGCUUCAAUAUAAUUGCCCUUAACAUUAUUUUCUCUAAAUUGUUAUUGUCCAUGUAUUUCCCCAAGCAGUUACAAAUACAGUUAUUAUUAAAGAUAAGAAUGUAUGCUUUGAAGGAGCUCAGAUUAAUGUGUUGAUCUCAGAUGAAUUAGGAACUGCCAACAAUAUAACUCUGGAAGUGCCUCUUGUAAAGAUUUCUUUAUAGCUGUCUCAAAUGAUUUCUAAUUUGCUAGUUCUUAAACAUGCAUUAGAUUUUGUUUUCCUCCUUUGAAAAUGUGAGGUAGAAAAAUGAAAAAAAUCAUUUUUUUUCAUGGCUUGAAAUCAAUAUACUAUUUAAUUAAAUUCUGUUAACCCUAAUGCAGAUUUUAUUAUGUGAACUAUAUAAUAGUUGACCUGGUUACAUGAAGAAAGCUACAAACUGUAUAUAUCAUAUGCCUUUGUGUGUGUUUCCAUUUAAAAAAAAUUCACAAAAGAGUUGUCCUUAUCACUGAGUGACAGGAUCAUUAUUUAAAUAUUUGCAUGUACUGUAUACCUUUGCCUAGUUUAAUUUCCAUCACCACUAGUCAUUGAGAUAUAGCACCUCCAAAUUAAUACGAUGUUAUCCAUUAAUAGAAAUCUCAUAAUCUUUUCCUGUUUACUUAUAUGAGUUGUAACAUUAUUUUCUGAUAUAACAAUUGUAAUUAUGCCUGCAAUAUGAAGCUAUACUCUUAUUACACAAUGAGAAAAUUAAUUUACUUUACAUAGCUCUCCUACUUACAUGACAUACUAAUUUAAUACUAUACCAGCAUCUCCAGCCCUAAAAAAUUCCUUGCACUGUAUUAACAAACUAAUUAGCAUGCUUGGUUCACAUACAUUAUUCUACAUUAGGGUGGCACAAAUAUAAACUGUUCACUUAGGCCUAAAUUCUAAUGUCAUAGGCAAAACUGGAAUAAAGAGCUUUGGCUGUAGCUACGUGAGGGUUGAGAGUGAGAAAUCAUCAAUCCCAAGGUCUAUGAAGUCAGGCUGUAGCUGCUCUUACAGCCAAUGGCGUGGUCAAUGUACACUCUGAAGUGGUUGUAUAGUCCAAUGGGUCUCUCCUUUGCAUGAACUCACUGGCCACACCCCUGGCCAGACCACAUUUACCCUGGAUAGUGAGCCACUGAAACAUACCUCUGAGAUGUAGUGUUAUAAUGCCUAUAUGACAUCAAUGCUGCUUGAGCCGCCUUGGCAUAAAAAAAAAUACAGCUUUUCAGCUGUUUUUAACCAGAACAGUCAAUUAAGCAAUCAAACACACAAUGGGAUAACUAUCUUCAUCUGGAUUUGUAUAGUGCAUAGCAUGGCAAUGUACCGGAUGAGUAUAAGGGAUACUCACACACCACAAGUGACUUCAACCACAGAAAAGUGAUGGCCGAUGGCGUAACUGCACUUCUCAAAAUGGUACUUUUAUAAAACUUCCUCAUUUGGGAGCAGUAGUAUGUAAUUUUAUCCUAGAUUAUUAGGAGUUGUAGGAUAUAUAUUAUGUAAUUUUCCCUACAUUUUGCAAUCAGGUUUGACAUUUAGUGCAUGAUCUUGAUGUCACAAUAAUACAGCCAUUUUUAAUAUACCUAUUCCUCAAAUGGAUGCAUCCACUCCUUUUGUAGUAAUUGGAUGAUAAAAUCUCACCUAAUGCAGUUACACCCAGUGCUUACAGAUCUGGAACUAAUUUUAUAAAAGUAAUAACACAUUGCAAGCUGUGAGCCAACACCCAAGAAUGGCCAGGCUCUUCUGGGGACAGAGGUCACGACAAUUGGCAUGUCAUUCUCCUGCCCCACAGCACACCCGUGAACGUGGUGCACAGCUGGUAAGUGUAAUCACAUGGUCGUCCCUCGUGUUUCACUGCCUGCUCAGUGCACACAGUCGUAUCUGCGCACCAUAAUUAGACGCCUUCCCCUGCCAUUUUCAUUACAAACUCACCCCCCGUCUUUCGCAACAAAAAACUUUCAGAGAGCGUCGGGAGAACACAAAUCCCCCCUGCUGGGGGCCGGUUUGCCUCCCCCCGCCCGUACAAAGAGAGCUACCGGGAACAAGCUCUCCCGUCGCUCCUGCCUAGCCUACGGCAGGAUCCGCUGGCCCGGUUUCCAAAGGGGGCUGAGUUUCCAUGCGCGCCAGGGACGAAGUGAAGCGACCUGCUUCUGUGCACCCGCGCGGGACCGCUCGCGACGACGCAUUCUUCCCCUCCCCCUUCCCCUUCAGACUCAGCCAGUCCGCACAGACCCUCGGGGGACACACCCGCCUCGCCCUUUUAAGCAGCCGUGCCCCCACGCGGCCCUUUUAAGAAGUAAGCGCAUGCGGGCGGGGCGUGAGCAAACAAAGUCCUUGGUGUAAUAAGCUGGCUGCUGAUCUCGCGCCUAGACGGGUGCGCACGAGACUCGGAGCUGCCACCUUCUUCUUCACCCUCAGAGCAGCCAACUGGCUUUAGUGGAUGGAUCAGUGGUGACUGGCUUUAGUGGAUGGAUCAGACUUGAAGAGGAGAGACUCUACAGAGGGCCCAUAACAGCAAGCUCACUAAGCUGGUGUUUAAGAAUUCCGCAUUUCAUAGAUUUGCACCACUUGGGAACUGAAAUAUCAGAAGAAAACCAGAUCUCUUGGUUAUUGACGUACAGCGUGGAAUUCCUGAAAGUGGUAAUGAUUAUACAAAGAGUGGUGUUGAACUCACGUCCUGGUAAAAAUGGUGUGCCAGUGGCAGAAAACUUCCGAAUAGAAGCAGUCCCCCUACCAGAGAAAAUCACAGAUGGACAGGUACAAACUCGAACCCUCUACCUCUCUGUGGACCCUUACAUGCGCUGCCGCAUGAAUGAAGACACAGGUUCUGAUUACCUCCUGCCCUGGCAGUUGUCUGAGGUGGCUGAUGGUGGGGGCAUCGGAGUUGUGGAGGAGAGCAAACACGCUAAUUUUGCUAAAGGAGAUAUUGUAACUUCUUUCAACUGGCCCUGGCAGACAAAGGUCAUUCUAGAUGGAAGACUCCUCCAAAAGCUUGAUCCACAACUUGUUGAUGGCCACCUCUCCUACUUUCUUGGUGCAGCUGGCAUUACUGGGCUGACCUCCUUUCUAGGAAUAAAAGAGAAGGGACAUGUGUCUCUAGGUGCUAAUCAGACAAUGGUUGUCAGUGGUGCUGCUGGUGCCUGUGGUUCUCUGGCUGGUCAGAUUGGCCGCCUAGAGGGCUGCUCUAGAGUGGUAGGAAUCUGUGGUACAGAUGAGAAGUGCUCCAUUUUGGUCUCAGAAAUGGGGUUUGAUGCGGCUAUCAAUUACAAGAAGGGGAAUGUGGCAGAGCAGCUGCAUGAACUCUGCCCAGCUGGUGUGGAUGUUUACUUUGAUAAUGUUGGUGGAGACAUCAGUGAUGCAGUUAUAAAUCAGAUGAAUCAGAACAGCCAUAUCAUCCUAUGUGGACAGAUUUCACAGUAUAAUAAAGAUGUACCUUAUCCUCCCCCACUGCCUCCUGCAGUAGAAGAAAUACAGAAAGCAAGGAAUAUCACAAGGGAGAGGUUUCUGGUAUUGAACUAUAUGGACAAACAAGAAGCUAGUAUUCUACAGCUCUGUCAGUGGAUCAAAGAAGGGAAACUGAAGGUUGGAACUGAACCUUUAUAUUUUAUUGAUAGGCAUGAGCCUUCUUUCAGGAAGACUAAUUUCUUUGUCCAUAAAAAAAUCACUUUGACUGCCGUGCCUCACUUUGGAGAGGGAAGUGAUAACACACUUGAAGGUUUCAGAGUAGCAGCUGUUAGUCUGUAUGCCCAAAAAGAAAAGGAGUACUUGUGGUACCUUAGAGACUAACAAAUUUAUUUGAGCAUAAGCUUUUGUGAGCUACAGCU